CAAGUCAGGUUUCCAGUCUUAUGACAGUGUACUCAGUUCUGAAAGCAACAUACAGUGUACAAACGAUUAACAUACUAGCUAUGACGCCAUGUGAAUUACGACGCUAGCUAUGAUGUCACAAUGUGAAGUUGCUCCAUCGAUUGUUGUUGGAAUCCUUGACAGUUCCAAGAUAUGCGCUAUUUUUAAGAUCCAUGAAGAUGUCCAGCUAGACUAGCUCCUGCCAAGCAAGAAUGCCUCUAGAGCAGCUGCCAUUGGUCGCUCUGCAGGCCAGGAAGGCCUUCCAAACUGGGAGGUCUAAACCCAUCGAUUUUAGAGUCCAGCAGCUGAAAAACCUACAAAGAUUCAUCACGGAAAAACAGAAAGACAUCACUGAUGCUCUCAAAAAGGACCUUCACAAGAGUGAGAAUGGAACACUGCUCUAUGAGCUCCUUGGCCUUGAGGGAGAGAUCAACAUGGCCAUCGCCAACCUGUCAGUUUGGAUGGCCCCUCGUCCUGUGGCUAAAAACCUUCUCACUAUCUCAGAUGAGGUGUACAUUCAGCCAGAACCCCUUGGUGUUGUGCUCAUCAUUGGAGCUUGGAAUUAUCCGAUAACAGUUACCCUUCAGCCACUUGUAGGGGCUAUUGCUGCAGGAAAUGCAGUGGUAGUGAAGCCAUCAGAAGUCAGCUGUCACACAGCCAAAGUCCUGGAGCUCUUGCCUCUCUACUUGGACCCAGAGAUGUACCCUGUGGUGACUGGAGGAGUUCCUGAGACCCAGGAGCUGCUGAAGCAGCGUUUUGACCACAUCUUCUACACGGGGAACAGCAUGGUGGGAAAACUGGUUAUGGAAGCAGCUGCACGGCACCUCACACCUGUGACUCUGGAGCUGGGAGGGAAGAACCCCUGUUACAUAGAUAAAGACUGUGACCUAGAAAUCGCCUGCCGCCGCAUUACAUGGGGGAAGUAUAUUAACUGUGGACAGACCUGCAUUUCACCUGACUACAUUCUCUGUGAGCCCAGCAUACAAGAUAAAGUGGUGGAGGAGAUUAGAAAAUCCAUUAAGGAAUUUUAUACAGAUGACCCCAAGACCUUUAUAGACUAUGGACGUAUUAUCAACCAACGUCAUUUCAAGAGGAUAAUUGCUCUGUUUGAGGGUAGCACAGUGGCUAUAGGGGGAGAAAAUGAUGAAUCCCAAUGCUACAUUGCUCCAACUGUAUUGAGGGAUGUAACUCCAGAAUCAAAGGUGAUGCAAGAGGAGAUCUUUGGGCCUGUGUUGCCCAUCGUCCCAAUAAAGGGAGUGAAUGAAGCCAUCCAGUUUAUCAAUGAGCGAGAGAAGCCUUUAGCACUUUAUGUAUUCUCUUCCAGUAAUAAGGUAAUCAAGCAGAUGAUAUCAGAGACGUCCAGUGGAGCACUGCUGGCCAAUGACUGUCUUAUUCACUAUACCAUCAGUGACUUGCCUUUUGGUGGUGUUGGGAACAGUGGCAUGGGUUGUUACCAUGGCAAAAGCACGUUCGAUCAGCUGAGUCACUUGCGCAGCUGCCUCAUCAAAAGGCUAGGCAUGGAGCAGCUGAAUGGCAUGCGCUACCCUCCCCACACGGCGGAGAAGCUGCGCUUGGCCCGCCUCCUCCUCCUCAAGCAAGUCAGUCUGGGCCGCGUGCGGCACCUGGUGCAGGCCACCACGCUCAUCAUGCUCGCGGCAUUCGUGGUGCAGAGAUUCUUGCGAUAAGGCAGCUGAAAGCAGGCAGUGAAACUCUUGUCCAUGGGUCUUCUGGUAGUUUGUCACCUUUAUCGUUGGAUUCACGUAAUAGUCCUGUUACACUUUUUUAUCUUUUUAGCUGAUAAGGUGCAGCUGAAAAUGUUAUGGCACUACAAGAAGGAAUUACUAUGUUCCAUUAUAGGUUAUAAAUGAUUAAAUGUGGUUUUCAAUGAGGGUAUUGAAGGCCAAAUAAAAUGCAGGGGUUUUUACACAGAAAACACUUCUGUACCAUUAAUAAGGUGAGAUUGAUGUGAUUCUAAAUAAUACUUGUGCAAACGACAAUAUAAAGAAACAACUGUGGAACUUUAAACCAUCAUUACGCAUGCCUGGAUUUCUAUGGUUUUUACUUUUUUUGUAGGAGAAUUAAAAAAUUGAGUAUGCAAUUUGUCACGAGAGAUUGAAGGAUUAUUAAAGUUUUUGAAACAAAAGCAA